AUGGGGAAGUCGCAAUCGAAGCUGUCGCCUUCGCAGCUCGAGGAGUUGCAGAGGGCCACGCACUUUGACAAGAAAGAAUUACAACAAUGGUAUAAAGGCGAGUCCUCCGGCAUGAUUGACUUUAAAGAAUUCAUAUGCGCCUUAUCGAUCACGUCCCGAGGUCGAAUGGAAGACAAAUUAGAUUGGGCCUUUCAGCUGUACGAUAUCGAUGGUGACGGCAAAAUUAGCUACGAGGAAAUGCUAGCGAUUGUCGAAGCGAUAUAUAAAAUGGUGGGGUCCAUGGUAAAACUUCCUGAAGAUGAGGAUACGCCGGAGAAGCGCGUGAAGAAGAUCUUCCGAAUGAUGGACAAAGACGAAAACGGGAGUUUGGAUAUUGCCGAAUUCAAAGAAGGCAGCAAGCGCGACGAGACGAUCGUAAGCGCUUUGUCGCUUUACGACGGUCUUGUCUAA